AUGUCGUGCCCACAUCUCGUCAGAGUAGGAGCCCUCAUCAAGAAGGCGCACCCAGACUGGAGCCCCGCUACGAUUCUAACGGUGAUGAUGAAGGUAGUGAAUUCACUCGAUCUCUCCAACCAGCCGAUCAAAGAUGCGGGCAAAAGUGAGCGCACAUCCACAGCUUUUGGCAUCGGGGUGGGUCAUGUUAACCCCAACAAGGCAUUACACCCUCGGUCUAGUCUACGACGCCAGUGUAAACGAUUAUGUCAACUUGCUAUGCACAAUGAAUUUCACCGCCAAUCAAAUUCGAGCCAUCACACCAUCAUCGUCAACUGA